AUGAUUUGGACCCCAGGGGAGAAGCAGUUUUAUGCAUUUUCCCUCAUAGCUGCACUUCUUCAGCACAUCCCGUCAUCAUGGAAAGUUGGCAUUCUCUAUGAUAUUGGUUGCCAAAUGGAUCGUGCACUGAAGAAGUUGGAUUUUGCGCCAGGCUGGCGAUCCCGUCUCACCUGGGGGGUAUCAAUCUUCCAUGCAUAUGGCCAUCAGUACAAUUGUCAGCUCUGGUAUCACCCAUGUAAGAGUGUGAUCUGGGGCCUUACGGAUGGCGAAGGUUGCGAGCGAUUUUGGAGUGAGCUUCGACGAUUAAUCCCUGGGCUACGUGUAACUGGUUAUCAUCGGCGUCUCUUCAUCCUUGAUACGCAAGUGGGCUAUAUUGACACGCAGAAACUUCCGGCCCUUGCCAGGUGGUUGCGUACUCACACAGCAAAGGCUCAUGGGAAGGAGAGAGAUGCGCUGGAAAAACUUGGGAACCGUUCCGUUGCGCAACUGCUCGAGUAUUUCGCUGAGCAGCGAGUACAUCACUCCAAAAACCUCAGCAGCGUCAAUCAAAAGUUGCAGAAGAAAAUUCACGAGGAUUUGAAGAGGUGUGGCAGCGCUCUUCAGGAUCCAACUGAUUCUGUUGCUCGUGCGCUGCUGGCGGAUUGGCAGGAGAGGUUUGACCAGAGUGAGCAGAAGUUAGUCCAAUUGGAAAGACAAAUUGCAGACCAGACUGUGGCACUCGAAUCAACACGACCGGUUGAUUUCUCAGAGCUCCAGAAGCUCAAGAAUGACAAGUGGACCAAUGAGCUUCUGAACCUUCGUGUUAUCAAAGAUCAGCUCCUUCAUAAGCUGCGAGCCAGGAAAGCCGAGUUGAGUGUGCUGGAUCGAUCUCACGCUGUUCGAGCUCUGGAUCAGAGUAUGAAGGCCCAUGUCGAGAAAGCGGUGAAUAAGCGUUCAAGCGGCAUUGAAUCCACCCUCUCGAAAUACAACAAUAAGUUGAAGGAGCUCGGUGCACUGCGGAAUGCGGAUCCCGCCCUUCGCGAAGUCUAUCUUCCACCAGUUAUUCCUCGUCGUAACCUAUACAAGUUAGAUGUUGACCAGCCCAUUUGGGAGAACUCUGACCGGCCAGAAGCUUCGGGAGAUGCUCUUCCCUGUUGGCUUACUGAUGUGGAGGUCAAGGAGGGGAUUCGUUAUGCGCAGCAGUUGAAAAAUAGCCACCAAGAGCUUGCAAGGUGCAAAGCGGAGCACGCUAACUUGCGUCAGUGGUUUUUACAAGAAUAUCAGGCACCUGACUUAAGGGGUUUGAUUCGCAUGGAUGGUCGGGAGGAUAGUCAGGAGGAUCUCAUCAGUGAUGAUGACCAAGAAGAGUUGGAGCUUGAAGUCGAUAAUUACAAUGAUUCCGACCUGAUUCUUGCUGCAGCAGAGGCGAUAGCUUCUGAUGGCUUCAUGGAUUUUCAUCACGAUCUGGAACAUGCUGCUGAACAUGUCUGA